AUGGGGGAGAGGAUGGCGGCGCUGGUUGCGCUCUCGGCUCUCCUCGUAUGCGUCGGGAUCGUCGGGGUGGUGUCGGACGCUUCUAACCAUCGCUAUAGCCAGGGGGAACCCGUGCCUCUCUAUGCUAACAAGGUUGGGCCCUUCCACAAUCCGAGGUGAGUUAGAAAUUGCCGGCUCCCUCGAAUAGCUGGCCCUUGUUCUCAGAUCCGUCUCCUUUCUACCCGAUCCGCGAGGUUUUUAGCGUUUUGUGCUUAGUUCCUACUGUUUUUCCCUGCUUCUUAUCUACGUUAAUCUCGUUGACCUGUUUGGGAUGUUCUGAAGACACUCGCUUCAUCUUCCAUCUGGUGCUGGCAUUAUUGGGCUGUUAAGUUACUUGUCGAUCCUACUUAGCUCAGAUCUGAUAAAAUUUCUGCAAACUUCAUCAUCUUCCCUUUGGAAUCUUCAUCCAAAGCUCUUCGUUAGACUUAUUUUGUAGUGCAUUUUCCGCACCCCGUAUCUUCAAUGCAGAUCGGCGUUAGAUCCGUCGCUUAUCUUGCAUCAGGAUAUUACGCGAGGCUAAAAUAACUGUCUAGGCGGCACAAGAGGAAAAGCGUACACCCAGCCUGCCCUCUCCUGCCUCCCAGGCGGAAUUAUGUCAUGCCUGAAAAAAUUGUCAAUUCACAUUUCAGUAAAGAUUCAGUCUGAUUUAAAUGUCGUGUAAACUGUGUUUUUCUGAUUAAAUCAAGUGAAAAAGCUUAGAACUAAGUCAGUGAGCAUCAUCCGUACUUUUUUGCCAUUUAUAGUCUAUUGAGAUUGUUGAAUUCCGCUCGGAAUAUGUACUUUUCAGUGAACAGUUGUCAUUUAUUUAUGUUUGGCCAUUUUUACGCUUUUAUUAUCUCUUUUUUCUGAUCUUGUUUUUAAUGCUGAUUUCAGUGAGACAUAUCGGUACUUCGAUCUCCCUUUCUGUUCCCCAGGUUUGUGCUUCUAACACUUUUGACUUCGUCUUCGUGAUUCAACCAUCUCAGCUUACAUUUUUUUUUGGCAUUGUAUAACAGAUCAAGUGAAUGAGAAAAAGGAAGCUCUAGGGGAAGUCUUGAAUGGAGACCGUCUUGUUGACGCUCGAUAUGUACUGAAUUUCCGUGUUGAUGAGGAUUCCAAAACUCUUUGCCAGAAGCAUCUCUUAAAGGAAGAAGUUGCCCAGUUCCGGAGCGCUGUAAUGAAGGAUUACUACUUCCAAAUGUACUAUGAUGACCUCCCAAUCUGGGGAUUCAUUGGGAAGGUAGAUAGAGAAGACAGGCAUCCCAGUGAUUAUAAGUACUCUCUUUAUAAGCAUAUCUUCUUUGAUAUCCUUUACAAUGAUGACCGUGUUAUUGAGAUUAUUGUGAGGGCUGAUAAAAAUGCAUUGGUGGAUAUUACUGAAGACAAGGAUAUCGAUGUGGAAUUUUCAUACACAGUGAAGUGGAAAGAAACAACCACUCCAUUUGAGAAGAGAAUGGAUAAAUACUCUCAGCUAUCAUCUCUGCCUCGUCACCUGGAAAUCCAUUGGUUCUCGAUUAUCAACUCAUGUGUUACAGUGCUUCUCUUGACGGGAUUUCUUGCUACAAUCCUUAUGCGGGUGCUCAAGAAUGACUUUGUGAAGUAAGAAACCCUUGAAUAUCUUGUGCUUAUUUAACCUUUAUAUUAAUGAAAUAAUAAUCUCCAAAUAAACUCUGGAAGGAAACGGUGAAGCUUGUUCUUUUAAACAAUCUCUUUUUGUUGAACCUUGCCAGUGGCAUUUAUUUAUAUUCUCCGAUGGCAUGCCUCAUUUAAUUGUAAAAGCUUGAAAAUCACAAUGAAGUCAGAAGGAAAUUACUUAAGGAAUCAAAUCAUGGUGUGGUAUUUUCAAUUGAACAUAAUCACUUUCUACAUGAAGAGUGCGACUAAUUACCCUGAAUGUUAGGUUGUCUUUUUCUUUGUAAUGCAAUAUCCCAGGAUUUCAUCGAGGACCAACUCUUUCUAUUUUCCUCUGUUUUCAGUUUUCAGGGGUCAGUACCAUAUCUUGUUAAGUAAUCAGGGGUAUCUGACCAAUUCUUAUCUAACAAAGCAUAUGUUAGAAUGUGCAAGUUAUAAUUAUCAUUGAACUUGUUUCGCAUAAUGUUCCAGCAAGCUCUUCUCUGAAAAAUCUUUAACCGUAGACGAUUUUUUUUAUAUACAUGACCCUUAAAAUCGACGUAUUUAAUUUGUCUUGCUGGACUAGUUUAUUUUUUCUUUUCCUCAUGAUGCUUUCCUUGUGUACAGGUAUGCCCACGAUGAGGAGGCGGCUGAUGAUCAAGAGGAGACUGGGUGGAAGUACAUUCACGGUGAUGUCUUUCGAUUUCCCCAAAACAAGUCGCUUUUUGCUGCCUGCCUUGGGUCUGGCACUCAGCUAUUUACACUGUGAGUACUCCUUUAAUACGAUUAUUUUAAUAAAUAGAUCUUCUAUUCUCUGCCCCAUCUAUUUAUGAUCUGUGUGAUCCUUGAUCGUGGCCUUGCAUUGCAGCACCAUUUUCAUUUUCAUCCUUGCGCUCGUUGGGGUGUUUUAUCCUUACAACCGUGGAGCACUCUUUACGGCACUGGUUGUCAUAUACGCCCUUACCUCUGGAAUUGCUGGUUACACUGCAACCUCUUUCUACUGCCAGCUUGAAGGAACCAACUGGGUGUGCAUCAUUGCUCCAUUAAAACUUGACCUCUUAAUCAUCAUCCCGUUAUUUUGUCCACAGACCAAUCAAUCUAUAGAUCAGAAGAUGGUGUGAUUGAUAGGUACAUUGAUAUAGAUGAACAUGUCUUGAAGUUAACAACCAUUUAUUUAUUCUUGCAGGUCAGGAAUCUACUACUAACUGGGUGCCUUUUCUGUGGGCCACUUUUCUUGACAUUCUGCUUCCUAAACACUGUUGCAAUUGCAUACAGUGCUACUGCGGCGUUACCUUUUGGGACCAUUGUUGUGAUCGUCCUCAUAUGGACGCUAGUAACCUCACCUCUCCUUGUUCUGGGUGGGAUUGCUGGUAAGAACAGCAAGACUGAGUUCCAGGCGCCUGUGCGGACCACCAAAUACCCGAGAGAGAUUCCACAGUUGCCCUGGUACCGGAGCACCAUCCCUCAAAUGGCGAUGGCUGGGUUCUUGCCCUUUAGUGCUAUCUACAUCGAACUUUACUACAUUUUUGCCAGCAUCUGGGGCCACAGAAUUUACAUCAUAUACAGCAUCCUCUUCAUAGUCUUCAUCAUUCUCCUCAUCGUUACUGCGUUCAUCACUGUGUCAUUGACCUACUUUCAGCUCGCUUCCGAGGACCAUGAAUGGUGGUGGAGGUAACCCUUCGGCUCAGUGUUCUUUAUUUUUCUCUAUUGGCUCAUUUUCUUCGCUUCCUCAGUCAUCCUUGCCUCCUGUGUUGCUUUGCCAGAAUUUUCCCAAUAUAUUAAGACUUACCUUCCAUCCCCCAUAAAAUUACUUGACCAUUGAAUUGUAAUCUGAAAUGUCCUUGACUUGCAGAAUCAUUCAACUUUUUUUUCUCCAUUUCUUGUUCAUAAAGGGGAAUUGUUUGAUGCAGGUCCUUCCUCUGCGGCGGCUCAACGGGUAUCUUCAUUUAUGCCUACUGCUUGUACUACUACUAUGCCCGGUCGGACAUGUCAGGGUUCAUGCAGACAUCCUUCUUCUUCGGCUACAUGGCAUGCAUCUGCUAUGGCUUCUUUCUCAUGCUUGGCACCGUGGGCUUCCGCGCCGCCCUGCUCUUUGUUCGCCACAUAUACCACUCUAUCAAGUGCGAGUAA